AUGCAGCUACUGGGUUUCCUGAUCGGGGCGCUUGCAGCGGGAGCUCAAGCAGCCUCCACGAGCAAUGUGCCCAAAUUCACUUCCUUUGCGCAGGAUCUCGGGCUGUCCGCAGCCAAUACACGUGCUUUGGCGGCGCGAUAUGCAAAGGCUGACGACUCGGUUGCUAUCUUGAACGUGGCAUGUUUGACUGCGCAGGGUGUGCUUGGCGCUGCAAAUGUUGAUACAUCGCCUCUCAACCAAACUAUUGUGGAUGUAAACUGGUCCGAAUCGUUUGCAGAGCCGCACUGCAUCAUUCAGCCCGAGGAAGCCCAGGACGAUUCUACGGCGGUGAAAGUCAUAGAUUUCUUCCAGGUGAAAUUCGCAGUGCGCAGUGGCGGACACUCGCCGAACCCAGGACGCCUGUCCAGCGAUGGAAAGGUAGCGAGUGUCGGUCCGGGUCUUCGCUGGGGCGAGGUCACGGAGGCAUUGAACUCAGAGACGGCCGUGGUGCUGGGGGGAAGACUGCCCUCGGUGGGAGUCGGUGGUCUUAUUCUCGGAGGAGGGUAUCAUCACCUCUCUACUCGCUAUGGCCUAGCGGCGGACAAUGUGCAUAAUUUCGAGGUUGUUCUGUCAAAUGGAACAAUUGUUGACGCGAAUGCGGAGCAGAACAACGAUCUAUUCCGUGCUCUCAAGGGAGGCGGCCCCAACUUUGGCAUCGUUUCUCGUUACGAUCUAAACACUGUUCCGGUCUAUGAAGUCUGGGCGGAAAUGAGGUAUUAUUCCACCGAUCAAGCUCCCGCCGUCCUGGAUGCCUUGACGGAGUGGCAGCUCAACGGAGCCUCGGAUGUCAAAUCGAUCGUGGCUACGUAG